AUGGAUUAUUUUGCAAACUUGACAAAUAUUUCUGUAUGUCAUGUCGAUCGCCAUAACUUUUCCCAAAUUAUGAGAUCCUUGUCUUUAGCACCAUGCUUAACAUCACUAUCUGUCAAAUUUCACGUUUGGAUGAAGGGAAAUACAUUAAUGCUUGAACAAACUAUAUUCGACUUUUCUACUUUUCAGUUUCCUCGCCUAAAGACCUGCCAUAUAAGAUUUAACACUAUAGUGACACAGUUGGAGGUCCCAUUCGAAUAUUAUGAAGUUCCCCUUCCCUCUAAAGAACUAUAUUUUAUGCCAAACACAUCACAAAUUCCUAUUAAGCCAUUGGUUUGGAUCCCUUUUAUCACACAUAUGAGCAUAAAAUCAACUGUGGGAUUCCAAGUAUUUAAUCACUUGUUUGAUUAUGUUAGAAUACCUAAUACAACUUUUGUUAGUGUCGCACUUAAAGUUCAGUGGGAAGCCAGCUUGAUGAAUAAGAUCUGUUUCGCCGAGAACCUGACAAUGCUGGAAUUGUCCAUUCGAGAUGCCUUUUUGCCCACUUACGACCCGAAAUUUGUUGGCUGUGUGAUGUUCAUGGCUAAACUCAAAAGACUUACCAUAAAUGACAGACAAUCAUGUGGUUACGUCUUUCGUAACGAUGAAUACACUUGCGACUCGAUUCUAAAUCCACUCUUUAGAGAAGUACGUGAACAUAUGCGUCCGUUUUUUCAUCUUGCACCAGAAUAUCGACCACAACUUUUUGAUGAAGACCUAAUAAAUUUGGCUAAUUAUUUUUAUGAAAAGUUUGGUACUUCUUCUGAAAUAAAAACUUUGGACGGUUCUAUUGAUUCAGGUACAUUUAGACACGUUCUGAACGAUAAUAUUAUCAACCUUGUUAAGAAUCCGCUUAAGGUUCUGGACACUGUUGGUAACUACAAUGUUAAAGAUGGAGUUAUCAAGAGAUUUUGUGAUAUUUGCAUUUACGAGUCUUUAUUUUAUUCUCUUCAGUCUGUAAAGACUUUGGAAUACUUUGCAAUAAAACCCAAUAGCCGGUUUUAUUUAUCACCGCGUUUAGAAUUGUUGCUGGCAACACAUAAGACACUCAAACAAGUGAUGCUGUACACCCCUCUUAAUCCGUUUAAUAUGCCCACCUUAAAGCAUCCGGAUGAAAAACACAACCUGAAUGUGUGUAAGCAUUACCACAUUGGGAAUGAAUAUGAUGAAUAUGAUGAAUAUGAUGAAUAUGAUGAAUAUGAUGACACUGAAGAUAAUGAUUACAGCAUUAUUCCACAAAUUCCCAACAAAUACACGUCGAUUGAGUUAGUUUCCGGCUUGUUUUACGGUUUGGUCGUUGCUGUUGUUUUUGAUAUUAAAAUACAGCGUAAGUUUGAACCAAAAUUAAUGGAGAGGAGUAUGAAUGCUAUGCUUAACUCCACGGACCCAUUUUACCAGUUUGACCAACGGCUUGGUGAUAUUGACAUGUACGCCGACAAUUUUGAUGGGUGGAUUUAG